GCAACGGCCGCGCUGGUUGCGGACACCCGCGGCUGCUCCCGAACGCGCCGGACGGAGCAGGGCCAGCUCUGCCAGACCUGCCGCACUCCACAGCCGGCGCGCAAUGGCUGACAAAUCAGCAAAACCAGCAAAAAGAUUAUCUGAUUCAAACUCUGAGGGAGCUGCGGCAGGAGAGAUAAGUGCUCUGGAAGAGGCCUUUAGAAAAUUUGCCAUCCAUGGUGAUACGAGAGCUACAGGAAAAGAAAUGCAUGGGAAGAACUGGUCAAAGCUAUGUAAGGACUGCCAUAUCAUAGAUGGGAAGAAUGUGACAACCACAGAUGUUGACAUUGUCUUCAGUAAAAUCAAGGGAAAGUCUGUAAGAACUAUUACUUUUGAGCAGUUUAAGGAAGCUCUUCAAGAACUCUCCAAGAAGCGAUUUAAAGGCAAAAGUGAUGAGGAAGCACUUCGAGAAAUGUAUAAACUAAUUGAAGGAAAAGGCCCAGAUUUAACUGGAGUAACGAAAACUGUUGCAUCUCCAACUGUUUCACGCCUUACAGAUACUUCAAAAUUCACGGGUUCUCACAAAGAGAGGUUUGAUGCCAGUGGGAAAGGAAAAGGCAGAGCUGGCCGAGAAGAUCUGGUGGAUAACUCAGGAUAUGUAUCUGGUUAUAAGCAUGCAGGCACAUACGAUCAUAAAGUACAAGGAAACAAGAAGCUCCCAAGACUGGUAAAUGCUCAUGGUCAAAAGGAAUUACGAAAGUUAGAGGGUCCAUGAAGUUUUACUAGUAAAUUUCACACUUGGCAUGGAAAUUGGUAUGUUAGUCCCUGACCUACUCUGUAGGUUAGCAGUGGGUUUUGAGUAAAGGGGUAGGGUCAGAGAGAAGAGAGAAAGGAAGAGAAGAAUUAAAGAGGGGAAGAGAAAGAGAGAGAUCAUGUUUGGCCAAUGGGAUGUGCAGAGUCCUGGGGAUGUGUCUCUGGGCUUGAUGGGAGUACCUUUUUACAGAUCAGUUUUGCCUGCUCUGAGGACAAGUUUAUUGCUUUCUAUGCAAAUGAGUUUUGUUUACUGCUUGAGCAUUUCUUUUUAUGCCAAUUUAGAGAAUAUUUCAAGCAAAUCAAAGAAAAAAAAAUAACCAAGCACCAACACACAACCCAGACCAGUCCUUUCAACAGAGACAGGUGUUUAUAUAGGAGGAAUAAACAAUAGUUUAUUCUAUUAUUGUAGGCUAGACAAAGUGUGCACUGGCAACAGAAAUCUUGGGCUAGAAAUUUAGUUAUCAUUUGCAGUCUGUUCUUUCAGACCUAUCUGAACAUG